AUGAGCGGCCGUGAGUCUACACCCUGCGACGUGCUCCGCAGCAAUGCCNUUGCAGUAUUGCAACAAGUACAAUGCUGGCGCAGCGGAGCACUACGCUUCCUCGACCUGGUGAAGCCCUUCACCNCCCUCAUCCCUGAGAUUGCCGUCCCCGAGACCAAGACUCCCUUCCAGCAGCGCCUGAUAUGGACCGGUGUCACUCUCCUGAUUUUCCUGGUCAUGUCCCAGAUGCCCNUCUACGGCAUUGUGUCCUCUGGUGAGCUCCACAUGCACCAUCUCGCACGCGACAGCGAUACUGACGCGGUCCAGNACACCUCGGACCCGCUCUACUGGCUCAGAAUGAUGAUGGCCAGUAACAGAGGUACCCUCAUGGAGUUGGGUAUCACCNCCAUUAUUUCUUCCGGCAUGGUCUUCCAGCUUCUUGCUGGUACCCACCUCAUCGACGUCAACCUUGACCUCAAGGCCGACCGUGAGCUCUAUCAGACUGCUCAGAAGGUGAGCUCCCAGAAAAACCACGCGCCAAGAGGAGCCUAUACUGAUCUUCCUAGCNUCCUCGCCAUCAUCCUGUCCUUCGGCCAAGCCUGCGUUUACGUCCUGACCGGUCUUUACGGCCAGCCCUCCGACCUCGGUGCUGGUAUUUGCGUUCUUCUCGUUGUCCAGCUUCUUACCGCCGCUCUGAUCGUCAUCCUCCUCGAUGAGCUCCUCCAGAAGGGUUACGGUCUCGGCAGUGGUAUUUCGCUCUUCAUCGCCACCAACAUUUGCGAGUCGAUCGUCUGGAAAGCUUUCUCGCCCACCACCAUCAACACUGGCAGAGGUCCCGAGUUCGAGGGUGCCAUCAUUGCCCUUGUUCACCUUUUGGUCACCUGGCCCAACAAGCAGCUUGCCCUCAAGGAGGCCUUCUACCGCCAGAACUUGCCCAACGUUAUGAACUUGAUCGCUACCAUUGCCGUUUUCAGCGCCGUCAUCUAUCUCCAGGGUUUCCGCGUCGAGAUCCCCGUCAAGUCUUCGCGCCAGCGUGGUAUGCGCGGUUCUUACCCCGUCCGUCUCUUCUACACCUCGAACAUGCCCAUCAUGCUCCAGUCGGCUCUCUCCUCCAACGUCUUCCUUGUCAGUCAGAUGCUCUACUCUCGCUUCAGCGACAACCUCUUGGUUAAGAUGAUCGGAGUUUGGGAGGCUCGCGAGGGCUCUUCUCAGAUGCUCCCCAUCUCUGGUCUUGUCUACUACAUGUNNGAGUUGAUUCUGCUCUUCUCAUCUGCUUCGAGCGCAAUGGCUAACAAUCUCACGCAGGUCCCCUCCCUCAACUUCAAGGAUGCCCUUCUUGACCCCGUCCACACUGCCCUCUUCAUCGUCUACAUGCUCACUGCAUGCGCCGCCUUUUCCAAGACCUGGAUUGAGGUCUCCGGUUCCAGCCCUCGCGAUGUUGCCAAGCAGCUCAAGGAGCAGGGUCUUGUGAUGGCCGGUCACCGUGACGAGUCCAUGUACCGUGAGCUCAAGCGUGUCAUCCCCACUGCUGCCGCCUUCGGUGGUGCCUGCAUUGGUGCUCUUUCCAUUGUCAGUGAUCUUGUUGGCGCUCUCGGCAGCGGCACUGGUAUCCUCAUGGCUGUCACGUAA